GUCUGCGGACGUCGCGGCCCGUGAGCGCAGAGCAGCUUCGCGUCGCGAUUCUCCGCUAAUAAACUGCGCUUCGGUGUUAAAGCGGUGAUGCGGUGUGUGUGUGCGCUCUAAACACAUCCUCAGAGAGGCGUGUGUUGCCAUGGCGUCGGCUCCGGAGGCCGUGCACUACAUCCACCUGCAGAACUCGAGUCAGUCGGUGCUGGAGGCGCUGCGGUCCCAGCGCAGGAAAGGGCUGUUCUGCGACGUGACGGUGCGGAUCCACGACGCGUCUCUGCGCGCUCACGCCUGCGUGCUGGCGGCCGGAAGCCCCUUCUUCCAGGACAAGCUGCUGCUGGGGACAGACAAAUCAGGCCAGAAGCCUCAUCAGUGCAGCAUCUGCUGGCGCUCCUUCUCUCUGCGGGAUUACCUGCUGAAGCACAUGGUGGUGCACACGGGCGUGCGGGCGUUCCAGUGCUCCGUCUGCAGCAAGCGCUUCACGCAGAAGAGCUCGCUCAACGUGCACAUGCGCACACACCGCGUGGAGCGCACCUUCACCUGCGCCGUCUGCCACCGCGCCUUCACACACCGCACGCUGCUGGAGAGACACGCCCUGCAGCACCAGCACGCCCCGCCCAUCAAACCAGCCGCCACUCACAUGGAGCAGGGCGGGGCCAGUGGACCGGGCUCCGCCUCCUAGAGGAACGAGCAGGUUCAACAAUCAGACCCGGGAGCUUUAACACACACACACAAAUACACACACACAUAUGCACAUAUACAUACAUACACAAAUACACACACACACAUAUACACAUAUACAUACACAAAUACACACACACACACAUGCACACAGAGAUGCACUUGUACAAACACACAGACACACACAUUAAUAUGCACACAAAUACAGACAAUCAGAUGCACACACACACAAACACACACACACACACACACACACUCACCUAACGCGCACACACACACACACACACUCAGCCUCUUCAACCCAGAAAACCUCAUAAACACACAAACCUCAUGGAGUGACCCACACUACCCCACACACACCGGUGCGUGCGUGCGUGCCGGCGGGACUCUCUCAGUGUUGUCAGUGUUUGAUCUGUGUUGUGGACAUUUCUCGGACUCAUCAGAACCACGAUGACCUCAGGACCAGACGAGCAGGAUCGAUUACCUCCAUUUUGAUUUGAGCAUGGCCUCCAUUUCUACAUUUGUAUCAGCGCUGUGCUACUCUGCCCAUGUUUGUAUGGUGACGCGCUCUGCCGGUGUGUGUUGGGCUUGGCUGCUGCGCGCGGCCUCAGAUGUAUUCUGCUCGCUUUGGUUUGCGUAUCUAGCAUGUGCUCGCUUUCGCUGCAUGACGCUGCAUUAAAUGCAUUGUGACGUU